CCCCCCAACAGCUGUCAGUUGCCCAGCACCCCCGCAACUGCCAACUGGUACCCUUAGCAACUAUCAGUCCAGGAGCUCCUUGAAACCAUCAUUCAGCCCCUAGCAACCAUCAGUCUCCCCCUAGCAACCGUCAGUCUUCCCCAACAGCUGCCAUCUGGGUAUCCUUAACAACUGCCAGUCUGGAAGUCUCUAGCAAUUGUCAGUCAGCCCUUAGCAACCGUCAGUCAAACAGUCCCUAGUAACCAUCAGAGAGCCCCCAGCAACAGUCAAACAGCCCCUCGCAACAGGAGACCUUGCUUCGGACUCUUGGAGGCAGUCACUAAGCCAGAGAGAGCCUGGAGGAGUCUACACCUGAGAUACUCCAGGAAAAUGAGAAAAUGCACAUAACUGACUAUGAGGCAACUUUCAAUUAGUUUGUCCAGUCAUUUCAUGACAGUCAGUUCUUAUUCAGCCUUACAAUGGACCGAUAUGUGCUAUUAGUUGUUUGGAAUUAUGGAGGUGACCAGUACCAAGAUGAAGAAUUUUCUGAGCUGACAGCUAUUAAUAGUGUUUAUGAACUACUGAGAAAGAACUGCGGUAUCUCAACAAAUUCAAGAUUGACUUCACUUCCCGCCUGUUCAGUCUCUGGUGUCCCAGCGCCACAGAAAUGGUUCUUCGCAAUUCAGGCAAUCCAUGGCUUUUCACAGUUCUGUAGUCCAGAGUGGGAAGAAAUUAGUUCCUGUGCACAAGAGAGUGACUUUGAAGUACCAGUACCCGCAUUAAUACAAGAAUGCCUGGACAGCAUAAAUGGUUGUGAGGAAGAGGAUGGUGAUGUUAAAGAGCCAACGCCCCUCUUUGAGUUAUUUGAAGAGGCUGCGGAGGGUCUGCAUCAACUAGCAGAUAAAUUACCUCCACCUGGCAAGGGGUUAUUGGAUCUAAUCUUGCUGGUGUCUGGCAGUGGGAUUCCUAGGCUGAAAGACUGGCUUCCUGUUGUGGGUGCAUUUAAGCACCUGAGAGAGUGGCAUUCAGCAGAAAUUGCUAUUGCAGUAAAGGAUGGCACGUGUUGGCAGAAAAUUGCAGAGUACCUGGGAGCAGCUGUCAUAGAACCAGAAAAUUUUGAGAAAAUGAUUGAUCCAUUGGUGAUAUGGAGAGGGAAGGUACACAUCCAAGAGCGAAAGUUUGCUUCUGACAUUACAUUUCCAGGAUUCUGCUUGAGAGGCAACAUUCAAAAAUCUUGGAAUCAUUUAAUAAGCUCCUAUGCUUUGACUGAGAAUGCAUCCACAGCUUCUAGAACAGCAGAUGCAAAAGGAGAGGUUUUUUGUUAUUAUAAGCCAGUGUUGGACUUUGUGCAGUUGGUGGCGCUGUCAGACCUACCCUCCUACUUCCUUUCUGGAAUUGAGUUUGAAUUCAGCUUAUCAAGAAGUGAUGUCCAAGGCAAAUCAAAGCUUCUCCUGAACCAACUCUGUUCUCUACAAGGGAAGGUGGGAGCUCUUUUUAACCUAUCUUGUACAGUGAGCACUACUCUGAUUCCGCCAGCUAACCAAUGCAGUACACGGAAAUGGAAAGAAUAUAUGGCAAAGAAGCCAAAAUGCAUUAAUGUUCCAGACAUUGAAACGAAGGGAGAGAUCUGCAGCUACUACCUGCUGGUUCAAAGCAACUAUCGAGGUGGCUGCAAGGGAAUCCUGAUUCAUUCAGCCAACCAGAUAAAUGGAGCCGCAGCUGUCGCCAUAGUGAAUGAGAUGUUGGAAGAAAGAGCUGAAGACAAAGAAGAGUGUGAUGUUGCAGAGCUUCUCGGGGCAGUGCCUUAUUUUACUGGAAACCAACUUGUACAUAGGGAGAAGACGCUGGCCCAAGUUCAAACACUUGCUUUAAGAGAGUUUCUAAAAAGCAGGCAGAUGGAUAAAAACACAUCACUAAUUCCAGUCAAUGAAUUGAAGGCAUUGUUAACCUUGGCGAGAGAGCAGUACUUCAGGCAGUAUAGCAGGGACCUGCCAAGCAUCACUCUGGACAAUGUAUGUCAGAAACAAGAGGAAGCUGUUAAACAUGCUGAAAUUGAUGUCUCAACCCUAAGCCCUUCACAGUGGCCUGAGAGGAGUGUUCUUCAAAACUAUGAAAAUCUUGAAAGAAUCAGACAGAAAUCCAGGCUUGGUUCCAUAUUCACAAGCUCAUCUGAGACCCUGUUGGGACUCAAGGAUAGCCAAAGAGCACUUCCUGUUCAACUUGAUGCCAAAGAGCUGCUGAAGUAUUUUACUCCAGAAGGUUUUCCAAUUGCUGAGCUCCAGCCUUUACUGAUACAGAGGGGUGAAAAUGAGUUUCCACUGACUCCAGAGAUGACUGUACAGAAGCUGAAAGAUUUGCCAUUUGAGAAGGCUACAGAAUGCCAUUACCAUGGAGUUGAAUAUUGCCUGGACAACAGCAGAGCACUGGAAAAAGAUAUCGGAUUUGGGAAGCUUCAGUCUCGCCUUAUCCGCUAUGAAACUAACACAACAUGUUCAAGGGAACAGUGUCCAGUUGUUUAUGGAUUAAGCCCACUGCCAUCUCCUGCAGUCCUUUCAGAGCCUGGAAGUGUGCCAGAUGGAGAAGCUUUACAAAGUGACCAGAAAAAUACUGAUGGAACCACGCAGAAACGUACAUCCAGAAAAGUGGAGGGUUUCUAUCCAAGCAAAAGACUUACCAAGUCCAGAAGCACAGAAUCCCUCAAUUCCCAGUAUUCCCUUCGCACAUCACGGGGAGUUGGAAAUAAUGGAAAUUUAGUAGCUACUUUACAGGAACACUCACAAAGGCGUGUAGCUGUGUCUUCCUCCAGUAAGGAGUCCAAUCGCCAGACUCAGAGAAUGGCAACAAAGCCUGGCCAUGAAACUGUGAAAAAGGAAUCACGAUCUCAGAAGCACAAAAGGAUGCUGAAAGAAGUUGUGGCAAAAGUACUCCAGGAUAACGGAAUUUCAGAGAAACACAAACCUUUUGUGUCUUGCAGUCAACGCCUAUUUAAAAUAUCCAUGCUUUACCUCAAGGAUUUAAAAACAUCACACGGACUACAUGAAGAAAUGAAAAAGACUGCAAAUAAUAACGUGCGGCAGGUGAUUGACUGGGUGUUGGAAAAAGGUAGUGAGAAGUGAAAUGCAGGAUUCAUCCAGGAACUGGAAAUCCUACUGAAGACUCUUUCUCAAUUUGCUGGGAUUUAUCUGGAGAGAUCAUCACUUAGAAGCAGUAUGAAGUAAACAAAUAUUUAAAAAAUGCAUAAUUGUGUUAUAUACCUACUUAAUAAUUUUGUUUUUAUUCUGAAAGCUGAGAUACUUAGGUACCAAUGGAAUCAUGGGGAUUUUUUUUUUAUUUUUGUAUUGAAGCUCUGUGAUUUUUGCUCUUAAGACCUUUAUAAUCCUGUUAAAGCUUUGAAUUUUAUGUUUUUACGGUGUUUGCUAUUUAAAAGAAUGUGUCCUUUUUACCCGAUCCAUUUUAGAGGUCUGUUCUGUAAUAAAACAAAACUAAGCCCACCCUCCCAGUUUCUGUAGCUCUGCCAGCUGCAUAAAAAUCUGGUUCAGAUUGAAUUGUAUAAAACUGCUCCGUAACAAAGAAAUGCAUUUGUUUCACAACAGCAAGCACCCAAUUGUCAAACACCAAAUUAAAUUAAAAUAUAGGCUGACGUGUCUCACCUUUUUAGAUAUAGGAUUUGCCCUGCCUAUUAAAGAAUGAAGGUAUACUACUUUCACCAGUGGUAUGGGAAGUCAUAACCGUGGAACAACGAUCCAUUCAUUCGAAUUUUUUUUAAAAUUGAUACUAAAGUGACUUACCGCAUCUUGUAAAGUAACCUGAGGAUAUUAUCUAAGCAGAAGAAUCAAGAAAGAGAUUAAUCCCAUGUCCUUUAUUAGAACUGGGAGAAUGGCAAACCUUUCCUUUCUAGUUUUCCAAAAUAAAGCCUGCAACUUAACAUAGAAAGUCAUACAUUUAUGUUUACAAAAAUGCUGCAUUGUCCAUUAAUACCCAACUUCUUCCCUUCUUCCCCCGCCCCCACCACCUCCAUUAACUUAAGCAUAUUAAAAUCCAAAUUGUUGGGAGCCAUUUGAAAAGUGAUAAAAUGAUGGAGAUGAAAACAGGAGUCGAUCUAAAUGGAUGCUCGUUGACUUAAAAUAUGGUGGCACCGUUAAAGAAGACCGGGAUAGUUGGGGAGGAAACAGCCUGAGGAAAUCCCAGGAUGACAUUCCCUUUUUAUGUAGAAAAGUUUGCAAAUUGGGCUAUACAGAAUUUACUUUAUCAAACUUAAAUCUACAGGUAACUUCUCAAAUAGUAAACCCCCCCC